AUGCCACCAGCUCUCCUCUCACGACCUGGCCACGACACCCACGCUGAUCCACCACGUGGAACGGGUUGGCUACCAGUAGCGGAGAAACAUUCAACUUCAGACGGCCAAGGUAUGACAGUGCACCUUAGCGCUGCUGGCCUCAAUCUUAUCGCUCCCAUAUUCAAUCUUAUCGCUCCCCUCCUGGAAGCCCAGAGGAAGCUGGAGACAUUUAGAGGCGCCGCAGGGUGGGGCGUCGUUGAAUUGUCUACGGUAUUCCGUCCCGCCAGCACGGUGAGGGGAAACACUUAG